AUGCGUGAGAUGAUUGAAGCAGGCAUCAUGAAAUACGGCGACAAUUUCAAACACAGCAUGGAAGAAGGUGGCUGGGACCUGGAGAAAGUGGAUAUGGAAGGACUGAAAGAUUCCAAAGCAACCUUUGUAUUCGGACAGAUGAAUGAACCCCCGGGAGCACGUGCACGCGUGGCGUUGAGCGGUUUGACCAUUGCUGAAUAUUUCCGUGAUGGAGAUGGCCAGGGAAAAGGUAAAGACAUCCUGUUUUUCGUAGACAAUAUCUUCCGUUUCACCCAGGCAGGUUCUGAGGUAUCGGCCCUGUUGGGACGUAUGCCAAGUGCGGUGGGUUACCAGCCAACACUGGCCACCGAGAUGGGAUUAAUGCAGGAGCGUAUUACUUCUACCCGUAACGGUUCCAUUACCUCUGUUCAGGCGGUAUAUGUACCUGCAGAUGACUUAACCGAUCCGGCGCCUGCUACAACAUUUGCCCACCUUGAUGCCACCACGGUGUUGAGCCGUAAGAUUGCGGAUUUAGGUAUCUAUCCUGCGGUGGAUCCUUUGGAUUCUACUUCACGUAUCCUUACGCCUUUCAUUGUAGGGGAUGCACACUACAACACCGCCAACCGUGUUAAAUUAAUUUUACAGCGUUAUAAAGAAUUGCAGGAUAUCAUCGCCAUCCUUGGUAUGGAUGAGUUGAGCGACGAAGAUAAAUUAACAGUAUCGCGUGCACGCCGUGUACAGCGUUUCCUUUCCCAGCCCUUCCAUGUGGCUGAGCAGUUCACCGGUUUGAAAGGGGUGUUUGUAAGCCUGGAAGAUACCAUCCGCGGUUUCAAUAUGAUUAUGGAUGGAGAAGUGGAUGAAUAUCCUGAAGCAGCUUUCAACCUGGUAGGUACCAUUGAAGAUGCUAUUGAAAAGGGUAAGAAAUUGCAGGCGGCGGCGAAAUAG